AUGCCUAUUGUCCGUGCAAUGUCACGUCUUACUGUUCGAAACACACCUUGCAAAUACCCAUUGGCGCCGUUCUAUGCCAGAGUCGCCCCAUAUUCAUCUAAAGUGAGCAACCCGGUCGCCAGCUCGCCGGAAUCUCAGGACAUCAACAAAGCCCGAGGCCUAGAAGGUCGGCACUCCGACACCGCCGAUACGCGCUCUACUCAGUCCCCAAUUUCCUCCUCGAACAAGACAGAAUUGGGCAGCGAAGCUCACGAAGGAGAAGAACAAACAUCCACCGAUGCACUGAUCAAGAAUGACCCUAGCAAGUCCCCAGAGGCUAAGAGGGAGAAUGUAAAGAAGGCUGGGCAGAAGCCUAUGGGGCCUGAGGAUCGCUGA